UCACUCCCGUCUCGCCCGCCUCCGGCUGGCGGCCGGAAUCCUUCGUCGGUCGAUGCUGGCUGCGGGAGCGCCGGGGCCGUUGCGUCCGCUCAGGUGGGCACACCGUGUGGCGCCAUGGCCGUCGCGCUACCCGCGGUGGUGGAGGAGCUCCUGAGCGAGAUGGCCGCUGCGGUGCAGGAGAGCGCGCGAAUUCCUGAUGAGCAUUUAUUAUCACUGAAGUUUGUCUUUGGCUCAUCAGCCAUCCAGGCCUUGGACCUAGUUGAUCGACAGUCCAUCACCUUAAUCUCAUCACCUAGUGGAAGGCGUGUUUACCAGGUACUUGGAAGUUCUGGUAAAACAUACAUAUGUUUGGCUUCUUGUCAUUACUGUUCAUGUCCUGCAUUUGCCUUCUCAGUGUUACGGAGGAGUGAAAGCCUACUGUGCAAGCAUCUCUUGGCAGUUUAUCUUAGUCAGGUUAUGAGGACCUGUCAGCAGCUAUGUGUCUCUGACAAGCAAUUGACGGACAUAUUUUUGAUGGAGAAGAGACAAGAAACAUAAAAGGUAUAGAUUGAGCAUCACUGUCUUUUAGAAUAGAAGUCCUGUCAAGAAAUGCAUUUAAUAUGUCAUGGUUCGCAUGGAAGAGAGAUGAAAUGGAUCAUCCAGAGACUCCUUGUUACUGUCCAUUUUCCUUCCUAGACUGUAGGAAAGGGCUAUGGUUGUGGAAGGUUGUGUAUGUUUAGAAGCCCAGCACAGUCUUCUCAUGAAAAACCUGAACCAGCCUCUGAGCCCCUUAGGUAAAAAAUGCUCCUGGAUGGAAUCAGCACUUUAGAUUCAAAUAAAGCUGAAUAUCUUGUUAUGUCCAAAA